UAGUGCGCUGGAGGAGCCCCUUAAAUACGAUCAGUCCAGUCCAGGCAAGACUGGUGCUCUGGGUAGAGAAAGCAGUGUCCGUGUGUAGACCCCAAAAUGUCAUUUCCUGUUUUGAAGAGGCACUCGGUUGGCGCACCUGUGCCUUGCUAACUAGCUUUGUGAAAGCUAUGUUGGAGGAAAGACAGCAGUCCAGGAAAUUACAAAGUGCCUUCUGUAAAAGUAUUCAUGAAUGAGCCAACAGGAAACAACAUGGAGAAGAUUUUGUUAGAUAAGAUCUACGGCGAUCUCAGUUUGAAACAUUGUGACUCACCUGUAGUUAAUGUUGAUGAUUCAAUGGAUAUUUACUCGGGGCUGGACCAGAGUCCCGGCAACAGUAAAAAUGCAGAGACUGUUAGUACACCCAUGUUAUGGCAGAAGUUAAAAAAUUCCAUGGAUCUAUAUGAAGAAUUUAUCACUGAGGAGCAGCAGCAUAAAGAAUCUACUCACAAUGAGCUUAAGAGCAAACUGGACACAGCAGAAAACAAUGUUAAAGAAUUAAUAUGGAGACUGCAGCAAGCAGAAACACAGAAUGAAAAGCUGCUCAAUGAAAACAUGGAACUCAAGAAGAACAUGAGUGCCCAUAUUAAAACAGCCAAAAUGGAAAUUGGGCGCAAGGACGAGGAGAUCAACAGACUGAAUCAUAGGUCUGGUCGUUUUGGUAGCGGCCUUCCCUUUCCUCGAUCACAGAUCUUGCAAAGACGUGAACUUCCCAGACCAAACCCUGUAGGGACGUGUGGUCUAGCUGGAUCAGUACAAACACAAGAACACAGGGUUAGCUCUGUGCAAAAGGACCUCCCUCAACUAUCCCAGAAAGACAGAAAUGUUCCCGUUCACCGGCCCAAUGUUGAGGCUACAGAUGCCCCGCUUUCGAACUCUUCAGUACAUGACAAAUCGAGGAGCGUGGGUACAGCCAUGGCGGCAUCCAGUAAACGUGCUAAUUUUGUACAUGUGAAUAACAGCAGAGAUUCUAGAAUUCUCCGUCCUGCUGGCAGGGAAGGAGAAACUCCAUCUGAGAGACAGUGUACAAGGAAUGAUGAUAGACUGCAGGUAAGCACUGUAACACAGGGACUUGCCUUCCAGGAAACAAUGAGUGGGAAGCGCAAGUCCACAGAGAAAAGAGACCCGCGCAGUUUUGAUGAAUCUGGUGUAAGCAGUGAAUGCAAGGUGAAGGAUGGAGGAGGAUGGAACUCAGAGCACCGGAAAGCAGGUCAAGAUCACGUCAAGCCAAGCAAAGGAAGCCACCCGCACACCGCUGACUUUUCAAGGAAAUCUGAGAAGGUCCACAGCCCCCCUCGUCAGAAGAGGCCAACUCUAGAAGCUUUGCACCACAGACCUUCCAACUCCCAUGCAUCAAAAGGGCGACACAAAGACUCAAAGGAUGCAGAGGCAAAAAGUAUUAGGGAGCGAAGGCGCAACCGUGACCAGAAUGGGCUGGACAGGAGUGCUGCAGAAUCCAGUGGCAAAGAGAGAAAGCAGCACAGCUCAAGCCAGAGUGGUGUUGAAGAGCGGUCAGGCUCCUCAUCCAGACGCAGGGGGGAGAGGAGUCCACCAAGGGACCAUCGGCGGAGAGAGGACAAGAGUUCCGGAAAUGAGGGCGGCGGGAGUAGGCAAGAGCGAAGCUCUAGGAUGGAGAAAAGCAAAGACCAGGAGUGGAAGAGGAGAAAAGAAAGUGAGAAAGGUCAGAGGGAUAGCUCUAGGAAAAAAGAUGAGUAUAGGAAAGAACCAGAAUCAGGGAGUCGUGAGAGUUUACGGCAUGACAAGCAGGCUGCCACUUCCAAUGCGCCGUGCAACAGGACAGAGAGCAACAGAGACCAGGCUAAGUACCCAGCUUCAGCUGGUCAAGGGGACCGGACUAAGAACAGCAAAGACUCCAAAGUGACUGGUGAUAAGUGUGAUGGGGCAAAGCUCUCGGAUAAAAAUACUCAAAAUAAGAAGUUAAGUUUUAUGGAAACGCUGAACCUCACCCUGUCUCCAGUUAAAAAACCAAGACUUUCCUCUGAAGGUAAUGACCAAGCGAACAGACCAGCUGAAGGUGGCCAAGAAGAAUGUGAUCAGUUUAAUUUAGGAGAGGAUUACUGUGUCAUUGAUGAAAUGGAGAGUAGCCAUGAGUCCUUCCAGGAGAAGGUGGUACAAUGUUCUGUAAGCCCUGCAAGAGAGGAUGCUCAACAGCCAACACACAAGUCUGAUUUUGAAGAGCCUGAAAAAGCACCUGAGCGAGUUGGUAACAAAACCCACUUACCAGAUGAGGUAACGAUUGAGUAUGAAGAAGCAAGUCAUGGUGAAAACCACACAGAACUGCAAAGAGCUGAAGGUGAAACACCUCCUGCCUCCGACAAUCAGCCGUCCGGAUCUGCUCCGUUGGAGAAAAGCCCCAGUAAGGAGAAAUGUUCACUUUCAGAAAUUAAGGACAAUGAUCCUGAUGAAGCCACAAUUCUCAGCAAAUCGCAAGAUACUCACUCUGAGAAGCAGUCUGAAGCUUCAAUACUUCACCCCAUUUUAGCUCCAGCUGAUGCCCAUUUGAGCACAUCCAAUGAUCAGACUGGUCACUCUACCUGUGAGACUCCACAUGCUGAAUCUGUCUUGACUAUGACCCAAGAUCCAGUUGGCAUCUAUAUGAAUACAUCACCUGGGAACAAAACCAGCGAUCACACCGCAUUAUGGAAUGGUCCGGUUCCUGCCCAGUCUGAAACGACUUCAGAGCAUGUGGUUGGCCCUGUUUCCAUGGAAACAAAUCCCGAUUGUGCCAUAUUAAUGGAAAAAGAUGGUGACGUGAGUACAGAUGCCGUGUCAAGCGCUGUCAACAUGCCACUAGAUACUUGUAUGGCUGAAGUUCUCUCUAAUUUCACAGAAGGACUUGUCAUUUCUAGUAUAGAGCCAGAAAACGAGGUUAAGAAUUCUGCACCGGAGCAGAGCCUGUCAAGAGAUCACACUUUAGAAUCGUCUGGGGUGAGCAGGACGUUCACAAUGCAUGUGGUGCCUGAACAGGAAGUCAGUAGCCCCUUUCCUUCACCUAAAAACUGUUCUGAACCUAAUUCCACUUGGAAUGAAGACCAGGACCCAGUGCCCUCAAGUUCCACUUCAUUCCACGAUGAAGACUCUAUGAUGCUUACGCUGAAGAGCAUUCAGUUCUUCCCAAACGUUAUCAGCCCACUUACCAGUCCUGUCCGCCCAGUAACAAACCAAGCUUUGUCCCCUGGGAAGGCGCCACAUGUUAAAAGCCUGAGUAAAGCCCCCUCCCUCUCCUCCUCCAGCACGACAGAGGAUGAGAAUGAACUAGAGGAGGAAGAGGAAGAGAUCGUCAGUGACACUGAAGAUGGUUCUCCAGUCGCUGCCAGUCCACAGCAGAAUAAAGCCAGUUCUGUGAUGGCCAACAGUAAUCAGUCCAGCCCAAGGUCCGCUCGACUUGCCGAGAAAGACGCCCGGAAGGCCCCGGAGGUUUCCGCAGGCGUCUCUGGAGUUGGAGGCAAAGCAAAGCAGAGCAGAUCUAAGAAGAUGUCUCUCCCAAUUGAGAAGCCCUUCAAAACAUUUGUGCCACUUUUGCCCAAAACAAACCCAUCUACCAUCCCUGAGGUCAUGGCCAUGUUCACACAGAUUCACACACACACAAGAAACAAGUAUAUGAAACUUCAUAAAACAUUUCCCAAAAAGUACUUCUACAAUAUAAUUGACAUGUCUCGAGUCUCCUUUACAGACUUUGUAAAUAAUGUGAACUUCAGUAAACUGUGUAGUACGGAGCACAACCUAAAGCCCAAGCUGAACAACAUCAUUUCUGUCUGCAUGAAUAAAAUUUCCAAUAAUGGUAUCGUCAAGCGCAUCUUUGAACAGCAUUCCCCGAGCCUGAAGGAGAAACUGUGGAAUUUUAUGGAAGGUCAGUUUGACUUCUUCUUCAAGGAAAUCAAGGCCACGCUUUUGAGUCAGUGCAGACCAGCAGAUGUGAAACAUUCCUCCAUGAGCAAAUGCAACUUCGAAAACCCAAAAAAGAGACUGGUUCCAUUGCUGAAGAAACUGCCUGACAGCAUCAUUAAAUCGUUAGUUACUCCAGUGCCCAGCAGAAAGUCAGAACAAACAAAGCCUUCUGAACCACCGGGGAAGAAAACUGCUUUACCACCGGUCAUUCCCCACCGCACUGGUCUGGGGAGCAGAGGUAAAAAUCUGAGGAUGAAUGUGAGUGAGGAAGAUAAGGUUCCAGAAAGGAAAAGGCAAGAUCUGCAACCUGUUCAUCACUCUGCAUUCACACCCUCAAAUAAUACUACUAGUCCAGAAAAACCACCUGCUUUGGUCCGUCGCCUUUCCCAUAGUGCCUCCUUGCAGGAUAAAUCUGACUAUGAAAUUCUCACUGAGCAGGUGGCAUCCAACUUGACCUCUUACCUCGACACAGACUCCCAAAUGGGGGAGAUCUUCAAGUGUUUGUUGCAGGGUGGCUCAGAUCUGAUGGAAAACAGCGUAUCUGCAGCAGACUCCAACAACUGGACUGUCAGAACACCUCGGAAAGACAGUACUUGUGCCGAGAGUUUUACAGGGAUACCUCCAGAUGAGGCUGCAACUCCAUCUAAACUCAUAACAGCCUGGUCAGACAUUUCACCAUGCAAAUUCUUUCCCAGCUCAGAUAUUCACAUCCCUCUGAACCCAGCUGUUCUUGACGAAAGUUGUAUGCUGGAGUUCCCUCCAAGCUUACCUUUCGACAGAGUAACACCAUCCUCCACUGUGAUUUCAGAAAGAGCCCAUUCAAUUUUGACUGAGGAUCCGGCAGUCUCUCUCACUAUCCCAUCACCGCUGAAGUCCGACGGCCAUCUGAGCUUCCUGAACUCCGUUAACAGAGGACCAGCCUCAGCACCUGACAGCGUCAUCAGUGCACGUUUAAGCGAGGAUGCUCUGCUGGAUGGGGAAGAUGCUACCGAACAAGACAGUCACCUAGCCCUGGACUCUGACAACACAAGUGUUGAGUCUAGUUUAGGAAGUGCCUCAGAGGAGGCCACCACAUCACCUGUGUUUCAGAUCAAGCCUCAUGUGCCAAUGCAGGCGAUUGUGACGGAGAAAUCCAAUGACCACUUCAUUGUAAGAAUUAAAUGCGUAUCCACUGCUUUUGUGUCAAGUGCCGUCCACAAUCCUGUAGACCUAGACAAACCACAACCAGUAUUUUCAGGAGAGAGAAAAGGUGCAAUGGAGGCCGUGCUUUCAACCUCAGACUUGGCACCUGUUGAUGAAGAGUCUCCGACGUUGGCUUGCCACAAUUUAGUUGAUGUCCGGCUUCCCAACCGAAACGUUACCUGCGAUGCUGGAGGUGCAUGUUCCUCUAGACAUGCUACCAAGGAGUCAUCCCUGGUGGCUCAUGAUGAACCAGCUGUGGAGAAUGAUGAAAGUGUCUUCAUAAAAAAUCAAGGCAAGGCUGGAAAGAGGAAGAAGCACCACCCUGAGUUAAAGGCCAAGAAAGCGAGGACUGACGAGGCACAGGGAGGGAAGUCAAGAAACAUGAACAAAGAGAUGAGGAGCCCGAAGGAGAAGAGGAGCGGCUCAGUGUCUAUCCCACUGUCACCCAACAGCCUGUCUGCAAGGAAUGUUGUUAGGAAAAGGGGAGAAGUGGUGGUGACGUGGACCAGGGAAGAGGACAGAGAUAUUCUUAUUGAACUGAAGACGAAGGGGGCCUCACAAGAGACAUUCUCAGCUCUGUCAACGAAGAUAAACAAAUCACCUACCCAGAUUGAGGAGAGGUUUGCCCAACUGAUGAAGCUCUUCAAGAAGGAGAAGAUGAAAAGCUGAGCUGUUGAGGGAUGUGAAGCCCUUGUUGCUUUCAAGAACUACCUCAUUCUCCUUUAGGGUUAUAAAUCAGGCCCUUGCACAAUUUAAAGCCUUGAUCUGCUGCCAGAUUUUAGAAAACGCUCUUGUGCUGAUGUAACAUUACAUUGUUGUAUAAAUACAUUUGGAUCCUCGUGUUAUGGGGGGAUCACAUGGGGGAUCACAUGGUGUACAGUUGCAGAAAUUUCAGAACAUUGAGAUUUUAUUCAGCCUUGGCGAUAGCUUUCCGAAUAAAGCCAAGUGCAAGGUACGGCAGUUUAUGGAGACGCGUAACAUCUGCCAUUUUGGAACUUGAACACGAACAUGUACAUGAGCGAUAGAGUGAACGAUAGAGAAAUUUGUCAAAAUUUUGUUUCGGUCACAGUCACAACAAAGUUAUGUUGAGGGCAUACGCAGUUCUGGUUAAAAGUGAAUGCAAAUAAAACCCGUUUAUGAAAUCUUAAAACUUUUAAUG